AUGGAAGAUACAUACUCUACACCGAAAGAGAGAGUCAAGGAGACUCACUACCUCGUAAAGUCGCUCGGAACUGGAAACACCGCCGGCGUAUACAUUUACAUUCCCAAAUCAGUAGCCGAGCCAGCAAUGGCGCAGUAUGGAGAAGGCGACAUUGAAGUCGAUGAACGUUUUGCGCGGCUUCGAGGUGCCGUGGGAUGUAUCAAGAUCCAAGAACAUGCUUCUCCAGAGCAUUUCAAUCUGGACUCCGAGAUCGACGCAUUGCAGCACAUCAAUCGUCUGGGGGAUGCUAGAUUGAGCAAAAUGUUUGAAUAUCAUGAUGCUCCGCGCUGGGCAGAUUGGUACAAGCUAGAAGGUUUCUCGGGAGGUUCCUUGGAGAAAUAUGCUCUCCAGCUUGACACAGCUCCACCCGCUGCCUUGGGCUGGCACAUGGUUCAUGAGCUAUGUGGAGCGUUGUUGAAUCUUCAUUUUGGAGCUGUUCUUGACGACUCUUGGCCUAUGUUCUUCCACGGAGACCUUACCUGGGACAACGUCUUGUUMCGCCCGACAUACUCCACCUCGACUUCCUACAUGGACUACCCAAGCCUGGUCGUGGUCGAUUUUGGAGAGGCACGGUCGCUGAAGAGCAUGAAUUUAGAUGCAGAAGCGAAGGGGUUCUUUGCAAAGCAGUACGAGGACUUGCGGACGUCGAUGGACGCUGUGUCGAGAGUUUUCGGGCAUGUGCCAGCCCUCUUGAACCUUGGAGCACGCUUGGACAAGCAUGAGAAGAAGCAUGCAGCGUUCGAGAAUUCAAAUGCGGCACUGAAGAAGUUGUUGGUGGCAUGGGAGGCUGAGGCUGCGCGCGAGAGGGAUGCCGCAUAUGUCGCCCUUUCACCAGCAGAUGCUCAGUACUUCGGACUCGAGCUGAUCACUGAUAAGGAGAUACAAGCCGGGCUAGAUGCACAGCAAGAGCAGGAAAUGAUGGAUGCUUUGCCGAUAGGUUAG